AUGUUGACUGAAACAAAUCAAUUAGACAUCAUCGAUCUAUCAGCUUCUAAAUUUAAUGAAAGUUUUUUCGACACGAUCGGCCGUAUUCAAGCAGCAGUAAAAAUUACGCGUUUAAAUAUUAUUGCCGGUGAAAUGUUCAUGGGAACAUUAAUUGAAAUUAUCGAAUGUAUACCUGCUAUUGAUUCAUUAGUUAUUUCAUCUUUAGAAAUGGUACCAGUAAGAUGUUUAUCUACUGAAGGAGCCAGAACUCUUCGUUUAUUAUCAGUAAAGAACGUAAUUACUAAAGUCAGACUUCAUCAAAUGAACGACUUGGUACCAGUUAAUUUUGAUCGUGAUCAAAGUGCAUUUGAUGAAUAUUAUGGAGAAAUGCCUUGGUUGGCAUUAGAUUUCAGUGAACGUGAUAAAAAGAAGGAGUUAUCAAACAAAUUUAAUGUUGAUGGAAUUCCAACAUUAAUUCUAUUGAAUGGAGACUCAGGAGAUAUUAUUUGUCAAGAUGCAAGAGAUCGAAUUGAAGACAAUGAUCCGACAGGAGAAAACUUCCCAUGGGCAUCAUAA